UCUCAUUUGAUGUCAUGGGCUCCGCCAGAGUCCCCCACGCUGCCAGCUGUGGGUACCAAGAGGUUCUAGCGGGCUGACGGGCCAGCCAGCCAGUCAGUCGUAUUCACGCAUUCGGCCAGUGUAGUUCGGUGCUUCACGGAGAUCGAAUGCGACAUGUCGCCGCACAGAUGAACAAGUCAAGACUGUCUUGUGUUCAUACUUAGUAUUCAUUGUUGUUUCUUGUUAUUUCGUCUCAGUGUUGUUGUUGUUGAGCUGUCGUCAGGAUGGAGAUAACGCCUGUGAUGAAGGAGACACGGUCUUUCCGCCCGUUCAAGUCGAGCGAGGAGUAUUUGUACGCCAUGAAAGAGGACUUAGCCGAGUGGCUGAACAUGAUGUACCCCGAGCUGGACAUCAACGUCGACAACUUCAUGGACCGUCUGGACACGGGAGUCGCACUCUGCAAGCACGCGAAUAGGGUGCGUCAGUGCGCAGUGGAGUAUGUCCAGAGGCGCCAGGCUCGGCGUCCCAGCAUCACGUCGAACCUGACCGAACUGGGGGAGGUGUACUACCUGCCAGCCGCCAAGCCGGGCACCUUCUUCGCUCGCGACAAUGUGUCCAACUUCAUCUCGUGGUGCCGUCGCGGCCUGUGUGUGCUGGAGUGCCUCCUCUUCGAGACGGACGAUCUUAUCCUUCGAAAGAACGAGAAACACGUGAUCUUGUGUCUGCUGGAGGUGGCGCGUCGCGGCGCCAAGUUCGGGAUGCUGGCUCCCAUGCUGGUUCAACUGGAGCGGGAGAUAGACCGUGAGAUCGCGGCCGAGCAGCGAGGUGACGGUCCGGGCGACAGUGACGAGGACGAGCCGUUCGGUCCCAUGCCCCAGGUCGUCACCAACGACCUCAAGAGUCUGGACGAGAUGGUGAGGGACCUCGUGGAGAGAUGCACUUGUCCCGUCCAGUUCCCCAUGAUCCGUGUCUCCGAAGGCAAGUACCGUAUCGGGGACACAAAAGUGCUCAUCUUCGUGCGGGUUCUUAGGAAUCACGUGAUGGUGAGAGUUGGAGGCGGUUGGGACACUUUGUCACACUACUUGGACAAGCAUGACCCCUGUCGCUGCAAGACAGCCCAUAGAUCGCCACUGUCCACGAAGCUCAUUCUUAAGUCUAAUGGUCCUCUGGAGCUGAGCACAGCCCAGGUUCUGUAUGAGAGGUCUCCUCCUCGCACCAGACGGUCCUCAGCCUCAAGUGUGAGCAGUGGGGGAGGGCUUCCGGUGUCCACCCGCAAUAGAAGUCGCUCCCCCAGCGUUUGUCUUCAGACACCGCGCUCCAACUAUGAUGUGAGCUCCACAGGUUUGGAUUCCCUAAAUGUAAACAGCGGUCGGCGUAGCAUAACUCCCACCAGAAGUCGGUCCCCAACUCCUAGGCUGAGUGUGACCAAGGCACCGUCGAAUUACGGCGGCAGCAACACGGGACUGAACACUUCCGGUCGUACUAGCAGAAACAGAAGUCGGUCCCCAGCACCACGCUCUCCGUCUCGCAACAAGAGUACCUGCAUCUCGUCUGCUGACAGCAACAACAACAAUAACAGCAACGAAGGCACGGCACCGUCCGACCAGCAAGCUCUGAAUGAUUCCGGUUCUGAGGUGUCCGAUGAGGGAUACCGCAGUCUGGGAAUUGUGGCUAGCUCUGCUGUGGAUGGAACAGCAGUUAAAACGGGCCACGACGAUCUCGGCAAGCCAGAGGAGGUGGAGGCAGACGACGCGCAACAUUCACAGCGUCUCAUUCCAACAAUCUCAACACCCCAUCCUCCGUCAGAGUGUAGCUCAUGUGAUGACGUCGCCCCGUCCUCCAGCAGACACAAAAGAACGCCUAGCGACGUUCAGCAACGUAGUCAGUGUUCUGACGCAGCCCCAAAUGUCUCUAAGAUGACUCGUAGCAAGUCAUCUGGUGGUGACCCCGGUCUGUUUUCCACCGGCUCACCCACCAGACGAGCAGGGGUGUAUCGAAGUGUUAGGUCGGAUCCCAGAGGCAUGACAUCGAGAACUGCCCAACAAAACAAUACGUGGAGUGGACGACAGGGGAAGGCCAAGUCACGACCUUCACUGAAUGGUGCUGGAUUUGAGAGGAACACGAUGCAACGCAGGAGUCUGGGAUCGGCCAACUCUACGCCGACUGCCCUACGCAGAAAUAAGGGCUCUCUCCCUGCCUCUCUGCAGGGCUCUCCCACAAAACAGAUUUCCCCACUGCUAGAGCAGAUUCUUCAGGUGAAAGAUUUAGACAAUGACGUCACAGUUCUAAACAAGAUGAAGGAGAUCAUCCAACAUUAUGCUGACAUUGUGGAUGAGAAAUUAGUAGAAGAGAAACGUCAUGAAGAACAAGCAUUGCCUGAGGAUGAACUAGACUUCACAUCAGCCUGGGUGCACGGGAAUGGGUCUCUGGGAAGAAUCAGGAAGGUGAGCCCAAGUCCGAGGAAGGACUCCAAGGUCGAAGGUGCUGUGAGCAGAAUUCCUGCUCCCGUAUUCUACAGACCCGUGGCGUCCACCACAGCGGAGUUGACCACACAUGGCGACAGUUGACAGCCAAGCAGUAGAUCUGACUAGCUUUACGCUUUCUGUUUAUGUACAUAUACUUUGUUUUCUGCAUGCCAUUUGUAGCGAUGGCAACACGUGCUCCUCUCUCUCUCUCUCUCUCUUCCAGGCAUUUAUCUAAUAAUUUAUUUAUUUAAUGACUGUAUAGUUAGUUUAGCUAGACAUAUUUUGUACUCAAAGCAUUGUUACAUCACGUCCAUUGUUAUAUCCAUCCGCUUCUUAAUUAUAUUGCGAAGCAAUUUUCUUUCUUCUGACAUCGUAAGAUGCACAAAACAGAAUUCCGUGCAAGUUGUAUUAUGACCUACGUAGGAAAAUAAUUAUUUAACGACUUAACGCACAUUUACGCAGACUUCUGCAAUAUUUAAAGUAAUUAUUAUUGCUAGAAUUUUUUUUUUUUACUUGGCAAUAACAUGUUGUCGUAUGUUAGACAAGGUAUAGAAUAGGCCAUGUUGACGUAUAGAUUUAUUAUGCC